AAAACUAGUUAAAAAAAGGCAAGAAGAGUAGCACAACUUGAAUCGUCAUUAAAAUGGCACAGGGAAACAAAUCUGCAAGAAGUGAGCAAUACAGGAUCAUAGUUCCCGAGGAAAACAGUUCCCUUGGGAGUACAGCACAGGGGUAUCCGUACGGAGCACAAGAAAGAUACACUCCAUACCAGCCUCGAGAGAACGCGUUCAACUACCAAGAACCGAGUAGUGGCUGUUUUCAUGGCCAGACGAGUGUGCAUCUUAUUGAUGGAAGCACCCGGGCAAUGCAGGAUCUGAAGCUCGGAGACUGGGUCCAAGUAUUCACGUCCGAUAGAAGUCUGGCCUAUCGUCCGAUCAUGGCAAUGCUGGACCGCGAACCAGACAAGAAGAAUAUCUUCCAGCAGAUCAACGUGGAGGGGAAGAACGGGCCAGUUUGCCUCACACUCGACCAUCUGAUAUAUGCUACCAAGAACCCACAAGAACGCCUCGAGAGCCCUAUCUUUGCCAGGAACGUGAAAGAGGGCAUGUUCGUCUUCCUUGUCGACGAAAAAAGCGGGAAAGUGGUUCCCGCCAAGGUGCUCGAUGUCUCAGAGGUCGAGUUAUGCGGAUACCUCGCGCCACUUACAACGGAAGGAACCAUCAUGGCGGACGGCAUCGCGGCCUCGUGUUAUGCCAACUUUGACCACGAGCUCUCUCACAUAGCUUUCUGGCCACUCCGUCUAAAGUACUGGCUUAAGUCAGCCCUGGGAAUCGGCGGCAAAGAGAAGAAGGUGGCCAAAGUUGGUAUCCACGGGUACGCCAAAGCCCUGAUGAAAGUGAACAACUUUAUGUUCCAUGUGCAGCCAUCUACGGCUGUGGCUGUGUAAGCCAACGGCAUGACACAACAUACAACAGACCUGUUUCCUCUUAGAGAUAGCGAAAUCAGACAUGUAGCUUGCGUGGAUUGCAUAGAAUAGACACAAAUGUGUAUUAAAAAAGGUCUGCUAAUUUACCAUUUAUAUUGCACUGCUCUGUUGACCGCUGUAUUACAAUAAUGAUUUGCUUUUUUCCAUGGUUGUUUCCAUUCUUUGCUUGUUUCCAUGUGUAAACAAACUACAUUAUAAGUUCAUACUGGCUUUUCCUAUACAAGAUACCGAUUGAAACCACAGUUUUCCUAAAUAGCUAACGUUGAUACCAAGAAAAUGGAAUCAAAACUAACAUGAAUAAUCCUUCAAUUAUUCAGAUUUGAGUAAGCGGUGUUAAAAAGCAAUAGCACGCUGUACUAGCAACCCAAAAUAGAUUUCGGUAUGUUUGGUGCUUUAUGUCUUACUUUACUAUCGCUCUAUAUGAUAGUAUAUAUGGCAUUUCUGAGUCCCAGUGUGUUGUAUGCUUACUUCUAUCUGUGUAUUUAAGUUAAUAUGUCAGAGUGGGAUUGUAUACCUGUAGACAAUUUAUACGUCAAAGGUAUAGCCUAUAUAGUCCUGUCGAAUUCCAUCAACUGUAAAACUACUUUACUAGAUAUUGAUAUCAGUGAAAAGCUUUACGCUCUUACAAUAUUUUCUCCAACAUUUCUAUCUUCCGUAUAAAUUGUGACAUAAUAGGAUGGAAGAGAGUUCAUAUUAGUACGACAGAAAGGUGAAAGCUACAUGUACAGGCUACAACAAUAAAGGGGUGAAUACUACAUGUACAAUGUGUACUCCGUGAACAGUUUCUCCAGGUUGGCAAGUCACAGAAUAGCACACUUUUUUUGCAUUUAAAUGUAACGUUUUAUGUAGAAAUACUCCCUCUGAUUUGUAACUAUGCACAUGAUCCAUUUCUACCUGUGCAUAGUUACAAAUCAGAGGGAGAGAAAAGCCUCAAGAGUAUACGUGCGUCUAAAGAUCAUAGUCAUAUAGAAAGCUACUUGUAUGACUGUAAUACUACAGCCACACUUCUGUAAUCAGUAAAAACGCUGUCCCUUGUUUUUCUUGCAAUUUGUCUGUAACGUUAAUACUUCCUUCAACAUGUCUGUCUGUCACAUACAAUACACCCUUUGUAUCCUCUUUA